AUGGCUGUUCUUCAAAACCAGAAACAUAGCUCCUCCUCUGACCCUCCACCACCAUCCAAGAGCAAUAGGGGAAGACUACCAAAGAACAAGGAAAAGCUGUUUAGCAAGAAAUAUUCAUGUCUCACUCAGUCACAGAUGACUAAAAGCAUUGUAGUCAGUGCUAAUCCAAAGAUGCCUGAAAAUGACACUGGACCAUCCCUCAAUCUUUUUACCAAUAGUCGUAAAUGGAAGAGAGCUACAGUAGAAAGCUUAUAUGAUACUUCCCAAGCUCAGUCUUUUGUUCUGGAAAGAGCAAAGGAGGUUGAAGCAAGCCUAGAUCCGAAGUUCCCUACCCUACUCAAAGUUAUGCUCCCAUCACAUGCACGAACUAUUGGGAUGGGUCUUCCUAAGAAAUUCUGCUGUGAUCAUUUGCUAAAACAAGAUACAAUGAUUGUUCUGGAAGAUGAAAAUGGGGAAGAAUUUGAAACGAAAUAUCUUGCGGAGAAGGUAGGACUGAGUGGUGGAUGGAGAGGGUUUUCAAUGUCUCACAAGCUACUGGAGGGAGAUAUUGUGAUUUUCCAUGUAGUCACUCCUUCCAAAUUCAAGGUUUAUAUUAUUAGAUCAAAUGGUUUAGAUGAAGCGGAUUGCGCUGUUGGCCUCAUGAGGUUAGAUGCUUUCAUUAAGCAGAUCGAUACUGGACACAUUAUUUCAUGUGAAAGGGAACAAAGUGAGAAUUUGGAACCUAUUCCAGAGGACCAUGCAAUAGCCUUUAAUACAAAAUCUCGUCCACUAUCAGACCAGUCUGAAAAUGAUAGUGAAGAUCUUGGUUUUGAAGUUCUGGAUGGACUUAGACUUUCAGAGUCUGUUGUCCCAUUCAAAGAAAUGUACCGUAUGGAUAACUUCAACGUCUUGGUCAAUGGUUUAAACAUAAAUUCCGAGUUUUCGAAAUACGUUCUGAACAAGUAUUACGAGCUUUGCUGCAGUCAAAACUCAUUCCUUCAUGAACAUCUUCUUGAGGGUCUGAACUGCAAACUGAUAGUUGGAGUAAUUUCUGAGACAAUCAACAUUGCAGAUGCCAUCAGGCCCUGCAAGAUUACAAACUCAGAAGGUUACUUUUCCACUUGGAAUAAGACUUUGAUAGCCUUUGAGGGUUUAGGCAUGAAUGUCGGGUUCCUGCGUGCCCGGCUGGACCAGCUUGCAAUUCUUGCUUCAAAAUCAAAAAGAUUUAAGGAGGCUAGACUUGAAGAGCUUAGAGGCAAAGCUUUUGGAAGUAAAAGAGGCCAUAAGUAG